UUGGCCAUUUCAGUGACGUGACCAGACAGGACAUCUCCACCUGGGCCCGGAGGAACAGACAUAGGGGACCUAAACCCUAACCUAAACCCGGGUGCAUUUUGAACGUGUUAGCAUGGAGACGAGAGACGCGGUUGCAGGUGCUAUUGUGGGCAGCGAUGGAGAGGAACAAACUGCAAAAAAGGUUCCAGCUCCUAAAAAAGACAACCCACAGAUUAAAACUAGGAUGGAGCAGAUCUUUGGGUUCAAGAAGGAGGACCUGACUUCCUGGCAUAGUUUGGUGGCCCUUCUGAACCGCCCCACUGACCCUGCAUCCCUGGGCAUCUUCCGCUUUUUAUUUGGUUUGCUGAUGACUAUCGACGUCACACAGGAACGUGGCCUCAGUCACCUGGACUACAAGUACCUGGAUGGUGCCCCUGUGUGCCGCUUUCCCCUCUUCAAUUUCUUGCAGCCCCUGCCGAUGGAUUGGAUGUACCUGGUGUAUGUGGUGAUGUUUCUCGGCUCCUUGGGCAUCAUGCUCGGCUGUUUCUAUCGUCUGUCCUGCCUCAUGUUUAUUUCGACAUACUGGUACAUGUUCUUUCUGGACAAGACGACCUGGAACAAUCACUCUUACCUCUAUGGUCUCAUUGGAUUUCAGCUCAUACUCAUGGAUGGCAACAGAUACUGGUCAGUUGAUGGAUUGCGGAGACCUGCUAAAAGAAACGCUCAUGUGCCUCUGUGGAAUUACACUGUGUUGAGGACACAGAUAUUUAUUGUAUACUUCAUUGCUGGAGUUAAAAAGCUGGAUGCUGAUUGGGUAGAGGGAUAUUCCAUGUCAUACUUGGCACACCACUGGCUUUUUGAUCCUUUCAAAGUGAUUCUUCCAGUGGACUUAGUAAACCUACUGGUGGUGCAUGGAGGCGGUCUCUGUCUGGAUCUGACCGCUGGAUACUUGCUCUUUUUUGAUGCCACGCGACCUUAUGGAAUUUUCUUUGUCUCGUACUUCCACUGUAUGAACUCCCAGCUCUUUAGCAUCGGGAUGUUUUCUUACACAAUGCUGGCCACCAGUCCUCUCUUCUGCUACCCUGACUGGCCAAGAAGAUUUUUCGCCUAUUUCCCAGCAUUCCUCAGGCCAGUCUUGCCAUUCACGUCAACGAACCCUCAGCCCAGCACCUCCUGUGUUUACGCUGAGACCCACGGCACCGGUACUGAACGCCAGGAGAGCCCGCCUGUUGCCAAACCUUCCAAACUGAGACUGAAGCACAAGCUGGGAGCUAUUUUUACUAUCCUCUACAUUAUCGAGCAGUUCUUCAUGCCGUACUCCCACUUCAUCACAAAGGGUUACAACAACUGGACCAAUGGCUUGUAUGGCUACUCGUGGGACAUGAUGGUUCAUUCCCGCAGCCAUCAGCAUGUUAAGAUCACCUACAAAGAUGGAAAAACAGGAGAAAUUGGAUACCUGAAUCCAGGGGUGUUCACUCAAAGUCGUCGGUGGAAAGACCACGGAGACAUGCUGAAGCAGUACGCCACAUGCCUCAAUCAGCUUCUGCCUCGCUAUAAUAUCUCUGAUCCUGAAAUCUACUUUGACAUCUGGGUGUCCAUAAAUGAACGUUUCCAGCAAAGGAUCUUUGAUCCCCGUGUGGACAUUGUGAAGGCUGAUUGGUCACCAUUUCGACCAAAUGCAUGGCUGAUGCCUCUUCUGGUCGACCUCUCGCCAUGGAGGACCAAGUUCCAGGAGAUUGAGAACAGUUUGGACAAUCAGACGGAGAUCGUCUUUAUCGCAGAUUUCCCAGGUCUCCACUUAGAAAACUUUGUGAGUGAAGAUCUGGGCAACACCAGCAUCCAUGUGUUACAGGGUCAGGUGAAAGUUGAGGUAGUGGAUGAGAAAAAGAACCACACUCUGCAGCCUGGGGAGCAGAUUCAGGUACCUGCUGGGGCUUACCAUAAAGUGUACACGGUGUCUGAAGACCCUUCUUGCUAUAUGUACAUCUACGUCAACACUACAGAGGCAGGGCUACUGCAGAACUUCACCAAACUGUCUGAGCUGCAGGAGCGUGUUCGCAAUGGGACAGAAACUGAGCCUCUUCCUCCUGAGCUGCUGCCUCUUAUGGCUGCAGAUGAUGAAGGGGCGGAGGUCAAUGCCACUGACCCCAUUGUGCGGCUGUUCCUGAAGAGGCAGCGCCGCAUGAAAGAGGUGAAGAAACGCAGGGAGGCAGGCAUGCUGGAGCGACUGGACCGCUUUGCUGUGAAAAAGUACUACACGAUACGGCGAGGAUUCUUGAUGACAGCCAUUGCAAUGCGGAACCUGGCUGUGGGUCUGCCUCCGCUGGAACAGCUGACACGGGAAGUCGCCUUCGCCAACAUGAAAGAGCCUCAGGCGGAAGCCAACCAGGACGAGCGACUCAAAGAUGAAGUUGGCCACGGAGAACUUUGAAGCUAUUGUUUGGGACCAAAGACACAGUUACUGUCAAAUUGCCUUUAAGUGCUGGAUCACACAUUCCAGACGUGUGUGAGCGAGCGAGUGAGUGAGUGUGUGAGUGAGUGUUGUUACUACUGGACUGUUGCUACACAGAAAUUUUAUGAUUUUUUUAAAUCUUCUAUGCUUCUGAAAUGUUUGGAAUAUCAGAUUAUUUCCAAAUGUAAGGUCAGUAUUUUUUAGCUUUCAUAGCUUUUUUUUAAAAUUUGAAUUUAAUGCUAAUGACACAUUUGUCAUAUUGGCAGCAAAACCAGAAUACUGUAUGUUAACAAUUGCACUGCUUCACUGUGCAUGACUACAUUUCAAGUUUGUUCGAUUUUGCUUGAGAAUUUUAUAAUUGCAAUUACAGCUGGGUAAUACCAAUAUCAAGAUAAAAGUCCAUUAAAAAUAAAAAAAUUUAAGUUAAGAACUUAAAUUUGCAUUAUACAACAAAGCCCCGUAUCUUAAUGGCAUUUGUUUGAUGAGACAAGGUGAAAAAUGACUGUUUGUUGCAGUAAUGACCUGAACAGGAUCAGUUUGGUCAAUAAUUUUUCCUUCCAUUUGUAAAUUCUCAGAAUAGAAUUCUCAGUAGUUCUGGGUAUAAGCAGUUUUACAAAUAUCCAGUUUAUGGAGGGGUUUAAGGAGUUUUCUACUAUGUGCUUUUAUGCCCUAUAAUGUGAGAAAAACUGACAGAAAAAGAAAACAACUGCUAGCUUGUCAAUCAAGAACAUUUUGUCACUUUUAUAAUAAAGAGCUUGUGAUGUUAAUGAA